AUGUAUGGUAUAUUAAAUACCGAUUCACCAGUUACUGGUUCAUAUGAAGCGAUGGUAACGGUAAAUAAUAACCAUUUCGUGAAAAUGAUACGAAAACAGGCGAAACUGAAGAGAGAGAGGAAACCGGAUUGGAAGGCCUCGAAUGCACACAUAUUUGACUACAGACAGCAUAUCGCGGAUAUUAUAUAUGGCCAGGGUAACUGCGGCAACGUAUAUUGUUUGCCUUGUGGUGAUUCCAAAGUGCCGUCUUGCAAUGUAUCCUGGAGGAAUUUAAUUGACAAAUUUCAGAUUCACAAAAAAUGUGAUGAGUUGGUUACCAACUGCUAUUUCAACACAGUCAAGUUCCCCUGCUGUAAACACUUUUACACAGUUGACUCCGAAAGUGGUCCAUGUUACUCAUUCAACAGUUUGCAGGGCCCGUAUACAGGGAAUCUUCAGUUUUAUGUGAAUAGAAGUACUGGUCCUGGCCUACUGUCUUUUCGCCUACUGUCUAAUGCAGAAGUAUCCGUACAUAGUUCUGAAGAAUUAUCCACAGAGAUUUUGGACUCGAAGUUUAAAUUCAAAGUCGAUACGUAUUUGCAAGAAGUAGUAGACUAUUCUUUUUCUAUAGUCGAAAUGCAUAAUGAACCUGUUUUAGAAGAUGAGGAUAUCAAUAUAAGGAAAUGUCGAUAUGGCCACGAAAUACCAGACCUGCCAUUACAUACUUAUCAGGUUUAUUCUUAUGGUGGUUGUUGUUUAGCACAAAGUACAGCUGAAGCUUUCAACUAUUGCCACUGUAUCCAUCCUGUACGUGAUAUACGAUAUAAACAUAUUUAUUGUAACUAUACCGGAAUCAACUGUUUAAUUAAGUACAAAGUUCCAAAUUCAAAAUUGGAGAAUCACGGCUGUACUGACACCGUAAAUUGUUUACCAGCAUGUGCAGAAAGUGAACUAUAUACAAUCCAUGUAGCUAAAAUAGAAAAACUGAAGCCAAAUCGUGAAAAUGGAUCUCUAAUAAAUAUACGCAUGGUUGCGUUGCCUACUAUGCGCUACCAUAAAAGAUUGUUACGGACCAAUAUGGAUUUCGUUGUAACUAUAGGCGGUAUGGUUGGACUUUUCUUCAGUGCAUCGAUAUUAAGUUUCGCUGAAAUAUUUUAUCUAAUCUUACGAUCACCUAAUAGUAAUAAGUAAAAAAUAUAAUAUAAGCACAUA